UGGAGUCACAUUGUCCGUUUGUGAAAAAGUAAGGGUGGGCUUGAUGGAGAUCUUAAGAAGGAGACAGUGGCAGGGGAUAAGGAAAUGCAUGUUUUUGUACCAUUUGAUCAAUCAGUCAGGCAGCUUCCAGAAGACAAGCGCUGUCUCAACAUGGACUUCCAGCACACCCUAGCUGGGUUUUGGUGUCAGCUGGCCUAUUUUGUUCUCUAAGGAUCAACUGUAGAUACAGCGGUUGUUGGACUAAAGUGAGAUAAUUAACACAUUCAAGGUGCAUUGAAAAGUCAAGCUGCUAUCCAAUGAGAAGGGAGGGAGUAUAGAGUCAGGGUUAAGAGCAUGGAUUUUUGGAGUAUCCCGUUCAUGUGGUCCACACAUUAGCUCUGUGCCUUUACCAAGUUACUAAUCUCUCCACAUUCCACUCACCGUAUCUGAAAGUGGAGCCAACGCUCUCAUUGGAUAAGGCCAGGCAGCAAUGACGUGGCUUUGGCAUGGCAGUGAUGGCAAGCACAGUCACCAAUAAUCGUAGAACAAUCGCCCUCCCUCAUUAGGCCGCCAUGCCCUCUGUCUGAGCUCAACAGUGUCCCCCUACUUGCUACAGCUAACGGACUGUUUUCAGCAAUCGUCCUGUUUGACUUCCCUGCAGCCUUUUAGGCCUCUGACCACUCCCUUUGUAAAGUUUUCUGCUCCUUUGGCUCCCGUGACCCUCACUCUCUUCUGAUUCUUUGCACACUUCUUUGACCAUUGCUUCUAGUCUCCCUCCUUAGCUUUUUCCCUCUCCUUUUCUUAGGUUGUGGUGUCUCUAGAGCCCUGUCCUUAGUCUUUCUCUCCUCAGUUUGCGUGAUCUUCCUUAUCACCCCAGGCCACCUUUGGGCUGAUGACUCCUAAUCCAUAUACCUAGUCCAAACUUCCUGUGUGACCUCUAUCCAAUGACUUACGGACACGUAUGCCUGGAUGUCCUAAAGGCAUUUCAAAGUGAACGCAUCUAAAACAAGAACAUCUUCCCCCCAAGAGCAUGUUUCCCCUCUUGUGUUUUUAUGGGCCAUCAUCCACCCGGGCAGGUGUGAAACUUGAGAGACAUCCUGUAUCGGUCCAUUUUCUCACCCUCCAGAUUACAUCAGCUUCCAAGUCUGGCCACUUCUACCUUCUCAAUGUGUUUGCCAUCAGCUCCUGCCUCUCCAUGCCCCCUCACACUGCCUCAUCACAUUUUGCUCAGACACUGCCCGGCUCACUUGUCUCCACUCCCACAGUGUGGCCUCCUCUCACCCACCAUUGCAGAACCAGCUUUCUGAUGAGCAAGUCAGAAUGUCACUGUCCUUCAGUGCUCAUAGCACACAACCUAUGGAGCCCUUGCUGACGUUUUCUACUCUGACGCUCUUGCAGUCCGGUCCUCUGCCCCAUCCCUGCAAUCUCCCUGCAACUCAUCUACCUGUUAAUGGCAGCACCAUGCCCCUGUGCUCUUGCACAUGCCUUUCCUUCUGCCUGGAGGUGAAGAUAUAACAGGUUCACGGAUAUUAGAUUCUCCAGUGGCACCCUGCAUAGAAUGUACUGCGUUGUUUUAGGCUACUUACAGGGGUGUUUCUUCCACAAGACGGCAGUUUCUUCAGUCCAAGGAUCCUGUCCGACGCAUCUUUAGUCCCCAGAACCUACUAUGGUUCCUGAGACACUGUGGGUGCCCAUGGCAAGGAAUAAACGAACAGAAAUAACUUUUUUAAUUCAGAGCAGGCUCUCUGCUUUAGCAGCUCACUGUUUUGGAGACCUGCUCCCUCGUGGCUCCUCGCCUUCCGCCGCCGCUCAGGUGAAGGGCAGCGGGAUGGCUAGCUGCCUGUGGAUGGGGCUGGGCCGGGCUGGGGCCGCGCGCCUGCGCCCUCUGCCGCUCCUCUCCCGGCGCGUCUGUCCGUUAGGAGAGAAGCAGCUUGGGUGGCGGGCGAGGGGCUGUGGGGAAGAGUUCAGCCUAAGUCACAGUCUCAUCCACUGAUUUCUCCCGGCUGGACCGAGGCUGCCUCCCCAGGGGGCUCCCAACUACUGCUACCCCGCCACAGUCCCCACCUCCCGCCGCUCCGCUCUCAGCCAGCAGGACUGACCGACAGACUCGCGAGUUGGCAGCUUUGCGCCCCAGGGUGUCGCGAGCCGAGGGGGCGAGGACAGGGCGCCUCUGGCCCAGCCAGCCGGGCGGGAUGCGGCGCGGACAGCAGCGCUAAGCGCCCCCACGCUGGGCACGGGGCGUACUCGCUCCGGGCGGCGGGCCGAGCGGCGGCGGCGGAGGGGAUGCGCCCUGGACGCGCAGGGCUCUUGCCGCGAGCUACCGCCCCGAGGAGGACGCCGAGCAGGGCUCAUCGCAGGACCGCGCGGACCCCUGUCCCCCGGGGCACGCGGCUGCGGAGCCUCGGGGCCGCGUCUGAGGUCAGGAUGCCCUGGGCGCCUCGCUGCUGGUGAGGAUGCCCUGCUGCGCGGUUCUACCUCCCCAGCCCCGGUCCCUGGUGGGCAAGACUGCGUGGGCCCAACUUCGGCCCCUCGUGCCGGUGGAUGAAAAGCGCCAGAGUGCUUGAGUGCGAUCAGUGAUCGAAUCUGAAUUCUAAGAGCCAUGGACGAAGGCACGGGGCUGCAGCCCCAAGCGGGAGAGCAGCUGCAAGCACCGGCCACAGUAGGAGCUUUCCAAGAGAAGUGCGAACCAGAGACCUUCAGGUCCAAGAGUUUACCCGUCCUGAAUAGCACCUCCUGCCGGCCAGAUCUAAGUCCCGCGAGUGUAGACGCCAAGCCAGCCGUGGGCUGUACAGAUUCUUUGUGCCAACAGGAGUUGAAGCAAGGCCCGAGCCGGUUGGCCCCCAGCCCCUCUGCCCCGUGCACUUCGGCAGAGAUGGCAGGGCUCGUGGACUGUAACCACAGGGUGGACGUCAUCAAAACCGUGUCGGUGUCCUCCGCUUUGGCCACGCUCCAGGGGAGAAGGUGCCUCUACGUGGUCCUCACCGAUUCCCGUUGCUUCCUGGUUUGCAUGUGCUUUCUGACCUUCAUCCAGGCGUUGAUGGUCUCCGGGUACCUGAGCAGUGUCAUUACCACCAUCGAAAGGCGCUACAGCCUGAAGAGUUCCGAGUCGGGGCUGCUGGUCAGCUGCUUUGACAUCGGGAGCCUGGUGGUGGUGGUGUUCGUCAGCUACUUUGGCGGCCGGGGUCGGCGGCCCCUGUGGCUGGCCGUGGGUGGCCUUUUCAUCGCCGUCGGGGCUGCCCUCUUCGCUUUACCUCACUUCAUCUCGCCUCCCUACCAGAUCCAAGAGCUGAACGCCUCGGCCUCCAACGAUGGCCUGUGCCAGAGCGGCAACUCCACGGCCGCGUUGGAGCCUGCUGCCUGCCUGACGGACUCGGGAGGAAACAACCACUGGGUCUAUGUGGCUUUAUUCAUUUGUGCGCAGAUUCUCAUCGGAAUGGGCUCCACACCUAUUUAUACCCUGGGACCAACCUACUUAGACGACAAUGUCAAGAAAGAAAAUGCAUCCUUGUACCUAGCCAUCAUGUACGUCAUGGGAGCACUUGGUCCUGCUGUGGGAUAUUUAUUAGGUGGACUUCUUAUUGGUUUUUAUGUUGAUCCCAGAAAUCCUGUUCACCUUGACCAGAAUGACCCUCGUUUCAUUGGAAACUGGUGGAGUGGAUUCCUCCUUUGUGCCAUUGCAAUGUUUCUUGUGAUAUUCCCAAUGUUUACUUUUCCAAAAAAGCUUCCGCCUCGACACAAGAAAAGGAAAAAGAAAAAAUUUUCUGGUGAUGUUGCCAGUGAUGAUGACGUUAUGAAGGAGAAACCAAACAAUAGUGAACAAGUGGACAAAAAAGUUUCUUCUAUGGGAUUUGGCAAGAAUGUCAGAGACCUACCAAGAGCAGCUGUCAGAAUCUUAAGCAACCUGACAUUCCUUUUUGUGAGUUUGUCAUACACAGCUGAGAGUGCCAUUGUAACUGCUUUCAUUACCUUCAUUCCCAAGUUCAUCGAGUCACAGUUUGGUAUUCCAGCUUCCAAUGCCAGCAUCUACACUGGUGUCAUUAUUGUCCCCAGUGCCGGCGUCGGUAUUGUCCUGGGAGGCUACAUUAUAAAAAAAUUGAAACUUGGUGCAAGAGAAUCUGCAAAACUCGCAAUGAUCUGCAGUGGUGUGUCUUUGCUGUGUUUUUCCACUCUGUUUAUUGUCGGAUGUGAAAGUAUUAAUCUAGGGGGCAUCAACAUCCCUUACACAACAGGACCUUCUCUCACCAUGCCUCAUAGGAAUCUGACAGGAAGCUGCAAUGUUAAUUGUGGUUGUAAAACACACGAGUACGAGCCAGUCUGUGGAUCAGAUGGAAUUACGUACUUUAACCCUUGUCUGGCUGGCUGUGUUAAUAGUGGUAAUCUCAGCACUGGGAUAAGAAAUUACACAGAAUGCACCUGUGUCCAAAGCCGGCAAGUGAUCACGCCACCCACAGUGGGACAGCGCAGUCAGCUCCGCGUGGUUAUUGUCAAAACAUAUCUCAACGAGAAUGGCUAUGCUGUGUCCGGGAAGUGUAAACGGACCUGUAAUACCCUCAUCCCAUUCUUGAUUUUUCUUUUCAUAGUCACCUUCAUCACAGCAUGUGCCCAGCCAUCAGCCAUCAUAGUAACACUCAGGUCUGUCGAGGAUGAGGAGAGACCCUUUGCACUGGGGAUGCAGUUUGUUCUGCUGCGAACACUUGCGUACAUUCCUACCCCGAUUUACUUCGGAGCAGUUAUCGAUACCACUUGCAUGCUCUGGCAACACGAAUGUGGCGUACAAGGCUCCUGCUGGGAGUACAACGUGACCUCAUUUCGUUUUGUCUAUUUCGGUUUGGCGGCCGGCCUCAAAUUUGUCGGCUUCGUUUUUAUUUUUCUGGCCUGGUACUCCAUUAAAUACAAGGAGGACGAACUGCAGAGGCGGAGGUGGCGAGAAUUCCCGCUGAGCACUGUGAGCGAGAUGGUCGGCCGCCCCGACACCGCCGCCGAGAAGUACGCCCGGACUAGAUCUUGCCCAGCAAUCAGCACCCAGGGAGAAUUCCACGAAGAGACUGGGCUGCAAAAGGGGACCCAAUACACAGCACAGACCUACCCGGGACCCUUCCCAGAAGCAAUAAGUCCCUCCCCAGACCCAGGGCUGGAAGAAAGCCCUGCUGCCAUGUAGCAUCCGUCUUGAAGCUUGAAAAUGGAAGACUUUGGUUUUGUUGGUUGAGUUGAAUACGGCGACUUGAGAAACACUCGUGCCUUCUUUUCUUUCUUUUUUUAACCUCUAAAGACACAAUCCUCAAACCGACAAAACUCAGUAUACACAGCCACUGUUGACUGUGGGCUGGAUACCUCAACAAGACUGAGAGCCUUUUCCCCGCUUCUCUCCAGGAAGGAGGUGUUUCGAUUUGUUACCAUUUCUGCUAUGUUCAUUUAAUGCUCAUGCUCCAGUGCGGUAUCAGGCUGAGGUCCAUGGUUAACAAAAUCAUGAGAAGCGCAAUGGUGGUGCCUAGCAUUAGCAUACACUCCAACAAAGGUGACCUUCACCAUGACUUUGCAUUUACAGAUCAAAGUUUUUAGGUAUGAACACCUACUGUGAGUUCUGCAACAAAGCACAAAUGAAUUUGCCUCAACUAUGCAAUCUGAUUGGGAAAAUGGAAGUGCAGCACGUUAGUUUGGCUUUCAGAAACUAAAGCAGAUAUGUUUUUGAAAAGAGGAAGCUGAACUUUCCCCAAAGUACUGUUAAUAGCAUUUUAAGCCAUAGCAGAGUUAUAAAUCAGGUAGAAUUUUUCAGAUGCUUCAAAGGAACCAUAUGCAUAGCCUGAUAAAAGGAAUAGCGGCUUCAUUUCACAGAACUCAUUCUCUUUUAGUCUGUCUGCCCCAUCGUAGGGUAGUGAAAGAGGCUGCUGAAACAUAUAUCUGAUAGCUUGAAUAUAAACUCCACUAUUCUUCUGUGAGGAGCUUUAGAACUAGUGUGCUAAAUAAUAUGGCUAGAAAAUAUAAUUUGAGAUGCGUAAUAAGGAAAGAAACUGAUGGCUUUCUCAUCCAAAGAAAAUUGCUGCAGAAAUUAUUUUAGCUUUUAAGGGCCCACCUAAGGGUAGUUAAGAAUUGCGACGUUGACACUCAAAAUAGUUGGAAAAAGAAAUUCUACAAAAGUCAGAUUGAGUCCCACCUGCUCAUUUUAGUUAUAUAUCUAGAAGCACUAGCAAAUCUGUCUAGUUUUCUUUUUUGUGUAUAGAAAAUUGCUGUGGUUGCUCCUGAAAUUGAGUCAUUAAAUCAGAAGGGCUAGACCUGUGAUAGGAAAAUCGCUUUGAGUACAGGAGGAGGGAGAUGUGUGAGCUGGAUCGAGAAUAUGAGCGUAAGUCCUGAUUGAAAAUUAUUUAAAAUGAGCUGGUCUGUCCUACUGCAUCCUAGUUUCUCAGAGUUAGAAUCAUUUUACACCUCUCUUUGGUUCCUUCCUACUGGAAACUUCCUGAACUGAUUCUGAGUGGGGAUUUUUCUGUUCCUAAAUGCACUUUGGGUUCUUUAUCCAUCAUCCUUUCCAGUUCCGCCCAGCACAUCACUUUGACUUAGACGCCACACGGCAUGCUUUCUACAUGGUUCUUACAGUAGACGCCUCCUGACAGCACGAUGGACUGAUCGUAGGUUAACUCAUGGGCUCUGGCUGCUCAGAAAGAGCAUCAUCACAGUUCAGAUUUAGGAGGGCCUGUGAGGUCCAAGUACCCAUAUAAUUGUGAACUGUUUCUGCCAAGAAGCCUAUGUUUCUGUAGGGCAAAUUUGGGAAUUGGUUUCCUUGGCUGGUUUACACUCUUUCACAGAGGGGAUGUGAUUGACGGAACUGCUCCUUGAUUCAGGGUUUUGCCCUCUUAUCCUUGGCUGUACUGGUGGAGUUUCGUGAAUAUUCCUGGGUACAAAGUUGUUUUCCUCUCUACCCAAGAAUGACAUUGGCCAAAUGAUUCCCUUGGUUGCGUGUAGUUUGUGGAGAGAGUUAUUACUAUUAGACUGAAUCAUGUCUACAAGGGGUGGAGCCAGUGGUCUCAGGUGACGAGGACUUCGCCUUGAGCAGUCUUGUUUGGCUAAGUCCUAAGAACCAGUGUUGCCUGUAAUUACACUAGUGUCUCUCAAACUUUGGUCAACGUGGUGUAUAUCGAAGGUCUUCAGAGAAUAUUGCUGAUUAACCUAGUGUCGACUCUGGGCCUCAGGGUUCCCCUGUUCCCUUUAUGGGACAUCUUUGAUCCUUUAGAAGAGAAAGUUUCCUUUUGUGUUGGAACUAAAGAUAUGUAGGCUUGGGAGAGGUGAUAUUUUCUUAAUUUUCCUCUGAUCAUUAAGAAACUGCAUUGAGAGAAUUUCAGUGGGAUUGGCACUUUUAUUUUUUAGGAAGAUUAGCCCUGAGCUAAUAUCCACAGCCAAGCCUCCUCUUUUUGCUGAGGAAGACUGGCCCUGAGGUAACAUCUGUGCCCAUCUUCCUUGACUUUAUAUGUGGGGCUCCUGCCACAGCAUGGCUUGCCAAGUGGUAUGUAGGUCUGCACCCGGGAUCCGAACCGGUGAACCACGGGCCUCUGAAGCCGAGUGCACAAACUUAACGGCUAUGCACCAGGCUGUGUCUGGCUGUUUUUUUUCAUCGCUAAGAUUGUGUGUUCCAACAUUCUUAGAAUUUCUCUCUUCUUGGUAGUACAUUUUGAAAAGGAUCCUCUCUCGGAACUCCAGCAUAGGAAAUGAUGGGCUCAUCCGGUGUGAAUAGAGAGCCCAUCCCUUUCUCUACCUUGAACAGUCACCCAGUUCAGCAGUCAUUGGCCGGGCGCCAGUUCUCUCUCAGUCACCAUUUUACCCAAUUACCAUCUGCCACUCUGAAAUCCUUUGAGUUGAGUAGGCCAGAAUUCAAAGAAAUCGGCCUGAAUUGUGCACCACAAUGUUAAUAUUGUACUUUCUCAACUAUCCGAUACCUGUAACUAGCAGGGAGAUCAUUAACGUGUUGGUGAAUGUAGAAUGAGUAGCACAGAUCAUGGGGGACUGAAGUUUCAGAAUAAGUACCAGUUAAGAGUUGUCCCCAAAUUGCUUUGGGCUCUGGUAGCAUCAUUGGAGUGUUACACAGUCAACUAAAGUGACUUUUUUAUAGACGACACCAUUUAAUUGUAUAUAUGAGGUUCUUAUAUGUUUGUUAAUAAAUUAGUCAUGUUACUUGAUAGUCACAGCUCCUAUUAUAAGUUGAGUUGUCACUCUCCAUGAGUUUAGGCUUCUAAUUACUUGGUUUGAGGAAGGGUCAUUUUAUUCCUCUAUAAACUCUGUAGAUUCAUGUAUUAUUUGGCUUUAAUAUGCAAAUAUAAUGUCCUUGAGUCUAGCCUAUUAAUUUAGACACUCCCAGGGGUGGGGUGGGUGGUGGGUUCUUUUGGUUAUCUUCAUUAGCAUGAAAUCUUCAUCCUUUGUAGGUGGAUUUCAUUCUUGAAAACAGUCUAGAGUCAUUCAGAACUAAGGUGGGGGGAAGAAAGGAGGAGCAGAGAGGUAACAAAGUAGCAUUUGUUGUGUUGACUAUUUGCAGAACAUUUUGUCAAGCGCUUAAUAUACACCAUUCAUUUUAAUCCUCUCAAUAGCUUUGCAAGAUAACUAUUUUUAUUUGGUUUUUAAGAUCAGAUGAUGAAAACUGAAGCUCAGAGAGGUAAAGUAACUUGCUUUGGAUUGCACAGAGCAGCCAAUCAGGGUUCAGACGCAGGUUUCUCAUCUCCAUGGCCCACUUCUUACACUACAUGACGCAGAUGAUAGUUUUGGUUAACAAAGGCAAGCUAUGACUAAGCGCGGUAAGGCAUUUCAUUUUUUUGAUGUGUUACUGUUUCUGAAGAGUAGAAAAGUUACUAUUUCUUUGUAAAAUAGAAAAAAAUCUCGAGGAAACAUCAAAAUUUAAUGUUUAGCUUUUCAAGGAAAUUUACGUUUAUUUAGCUAAGUGUUGUAUUCAGAAUUGUUUGUCAUAAUAUACCUCAAGUAUUUAUUUAUAGUUCAUAUUUAAUAUAGAACAAAUCCAAUUUUGGUGUUGACAUUGAGUCUUAGUAGAGUUUCUGGAAUGAAGCAGAUGAGGAAAAGUAGUUCAGAUUGAUUGAAUCUGAGCUUUGGGGAUUUCAAAUGCAUGCUUUUUUUUUUUCCUCUUUCAGAAUGUUAACAUUUCAAUUUUGGUGAAUAUCGGUUUUAAGUUUCCUAAUAAAAAUUUUAAGUGAACAUAUACAAAGUGUUACAUGUUAAAUGAACAGAUGCAAAAUGUUAUAAGUUACAUACCGAACCAGCGACCCGAUUGUUACCGCUAGUAGCUGCUGUAAGAGACUGGAGCGUACACUUGUAAAUUUCAGCCAUCAGAGCCAGAAGUAAUGGCAGUCCUACAUUUUCACCAACCAUGGAGCAAAUUCUUCCUCAGUCUCCAAUUCCAGCUUGCGUUCUGUGGUAGAUUUGGAGCCAGAAAAUUUCUUUUUGGGGCCUAUUUUGCAUCAACCAUAGAUGCCCCAAACAGAAGCUUCAUAGUUUGAAUGGACCUGAAGCAUUUGUGGAAAUUUUCUGGUGUGCCUGGGAGCAGUGGGAGAGCCCAAGUCUGGAGUGGUAGCCAAUUAUACUUUGUCACUUUGUGUGUACUUAAAACAUCCUAAAUGGCGCAGAAACAUGAAUAUAACUAUUGAUAUAUAGGUGCGUACUGAGUAUUCUAAGUAGCAGAUAGAUAUCAAAUUACUGUAUAAGCCCAGAAUCGCCUAGACAGCAGGUCUGCUAAUUCUCUGUUAUACAGACCAGUAGGUAGCCUUUACACGUUUUCGCAUUUCUUCUUUCAUAGUACCGAAGGGAGUGCUGUGGCUGGCAGGUGAAGUUAGUGGCCUUGUGCCCUUUAUCUUUUCUGUCUUCUCUUCUUUCCUCAUCUUCUGGGAUGCUGCUGGCUGUAUCUGUCUCAGACCUGUUGCUAUAUUGGAAUCAGAUCUGUGUAUGUUUGAAGAGGUUAUUUUAAGCACUUCAUUUUUACUCAGCCCUAGGAAGGGUCAAGUAUGAUGAAGACCCUCCCUGGGUAUUUGCUUUUGCAACAUUAAAAAAAAAAAAAAAGCCUCGGUGCUAAAAGUAUUUGAUGAUGCAUGCUCAACCACAAAAAUGUGCCACUGAAUUCACAGUAUUUCACUGAUAAAGGACUGCAUGUGCUUUGCUUUUGGAAAUGUAAAGAAAACCCAGAAAACAGGCACUCAUUACUCUCAUUACAAUAGUGAAUACAAGAACUUUACACACAAAAAUGAAGAGCGUAAGGGGGAAUACUUUUUCUAUGGAAAACUCAGCGCUUUUGAUAUUUAUUUUAGCAAGAAUAAUCAGAUGCUGAAAAUAAUUUCAGAGAGAGGGGGGAAAAUAUUUCAGAUAAUCUUUUCAUAUUUCUUCUCCAAAAAACUUACGCCAUGUCAGGUGUUUUUAAUAUUGGGGUUUGAAGGUGUCGUCGUCUUCUGCCAUUCUACUAUUACAUGUUAAAAUCCAAGAAGAAGAUAUUAUAGAAAACUAAGGUAAUUGCAGGGACAUAUUAAACCAAAGGGGUGAACAAAAGAAGUUUAAAGUUUGUAUCUAGAAAUGAAAAAUAAGAAUAAUUGGUAAGACUUUAUAGUGGGCAUUUUUCUUAAAAUACAUACCUCUAACCCAAACCCCAAAGGUUAAUUUAGAAGCACGAAUCAGGCAGGCGAGCCUCUUAACUCUUUUGUUAAAAGGAAAUGUAAUACUGUGUCAAAUCAAUCGUCGUUAGGAUCCUAGUGGAGUGUGUGUGUUCCGCGUGUGUGUUUCUGUAUGUAGAGGUGUGCUUGUGAUGAAAGACUGUUUUGAAUUGUUGCAUAAAGGAGUUUGAUUUUGUGAUUUUUUAAAAUGAAUAUUUAUUUGGAGACCUCUUAGGGUAAUUUAAAAGAUGUAUCAUUUCCUUGUGUUUGAUGAAAUCUAUUGUCAAUGUACUAAUAAACCUUGGUUUACAUCAUCUUGAAUACUUGAUCAUUGAAAAUUAAGGAAAAAAGUAAAAAAAAAAAAAGAAUAAAGUGUGUUGGAUUGAAA